AUGCUCGUCCUUAAUCAAAAUCCUAAAUGUCAUAAGACAGGAGAUUCGCAUAUUUGUUGUUAUUAGCAAAUUUUACCGUAGCAUUAGUAGUUUCUUUGCAUAAGUUACACAAAACUGUUUGAAGAUAACCAAAAUAAUACUGCAAUGUUGCCCGGAGCUGUUUUCUUGAGCUCUAGAAAUCGCUAAGAAGAAAAAAAAAACUUAUUUACCUGAACGGGUCUCUUCGCUGCUUACCGAGGAGCAUCACGGUGACUUGGAGAAGAUAACAAUCUGAAGAAGCGCAACACGGAGUGAAGCCGCGUCACUGAACCUCGCUUUAUGCACUCGUUAUUUGUAUUGACACGCAAUGGUACCCUCCGACUGCGGGGCUCCGUGGGAUAGAAGCCCCUCAUGCCAGUGAUAUAAGAUACCGGUAUUACUAGGUAGUCUAGUGACUGAUCGUAGAAUGGCUAGAGAAUCGUAUCUGCAGUGUUUAUCAGACGACCAAGAAGCCAGUUGAGAAGUUGAAGAAAACAGCGAGCGGACUGACUUGCAAUCGGUAUCUAUGCAAUUAUCGUUUAGACUUUCAGAUACUCAUUAGUGGGCUGCUGAAGUAGAAUAGUUCAAGACUUGGUGGCGUUUGGAAGCGAUCGCAGGGCUCGAAAUAGUUACCCAGGUCGUCUUGGAAAUGGUGUUGGCCGCCAAGAUUGGGCUGCUUUGACGAUAUACUACGUAUAGUGCAAAUUUCUCAAUCGUGCGUCGUCGUACGCCAGAGAAACUAAUUUGGUCGCUUAUCUAAGAUUCAGUGACUCGAACGAUUGCUGGCUUCCCUCCAGGUCGCUUUUAUUGUAGCGGAUUUGCCGCGUUCAGUGCAGAUUAGUUAGUGUUCCGAUAAAGUUAUGUAAAAGAUACUAAUCGAAUCCAUCCAUUCUGCUUGUGAUCGAAAAUCAUAACAAGUUUUUAAGUAACCGUUCUCCUUCGUGUGAAAGCUUGUUCCUAUUUUUAUUCGAGUGAUAUAUCUUUAUAGAAACCUAAAGAUACACAUAAACGAACGGGUAAUGUGAUUUAUGACGUCAAUUCGAUCCGGAGUAAUUCUUAGUUAAGAAAAAAAUGUCGCCGGAACGAUAACGUUCGACGAUAGUGCGAUAUCAGUUGACUACUCAUCAGCGAGCCAGGAAGCGGAGAGACGAAGGAGAAAUGUCGCUUAAGAAAGAAACGCCAUCGGAUGUGCUACUCCAUUUGGCCGCACUUCGAGGUGAUGAUAUCACGCUUAAAAGAGUUCUCGACAGCGGGAAAGUUCACGUUGACUGCAAAGACGAUGAUGGCACAACUCCAUUAAUACUUGCGGCAGCAGGAGGUCAUACUCCUUGCGUUUUGGAGCUAUUGGAGCAAGGAGCGGAUGUGAAUGCGAAAAGAAGUACAGGGACGACAGCGCUAUUCUUCGCUGCGCAAGGGGGUCAUACGGAACUUGCCAAAAUAUUGAUCAAAGCAGGCGCUCCUGUAGACAGCGCAUCUAUUGACGGAGGAACUCCACUAUUCAUUGCUUGCCAAGGUGGGCAUGUUAGUCUGGUGAAGGAGCUGAUAAACUGCGGGGCAAAUGUAAAUUCUUGUAUGAAAGACAAAGCAACGCCUGUAUUUAUAGCGUCACAAAACGGUCAUCGUAGUGUUCUAUUAAUGCUUCUUGCUGCCGGAGCUGCAGUGGAUACUAGACGUAAUGACGGAGCAACGCCCUUAUGGAUUGCAGCACAGAUGGGACAUGAUCACAUUUGUAAAGUCCUCCUGCAAAACAAUGCCGAAGUUGAUGCCGUUCGCAGUGAUGGAGCAACUCCAUUAUUCAAAGCUGCACAUAAAGGAUACUCAGCGGUGACGGGGGAACUACUUAAGUUUAGGCCAAAUCUUGGAAUAUUGCCGAAUGGCGAAUCAGCCCUGCAUGCAGCCGCUAUGUUUGGACACCUAGCAGUAGUCAAGCAACUGGUAGCAGCCGGAAGUGAUAUAUUUCUGAAGAAUCAAGAUGGUCUGACUGCCUUACAAGUAGCCUCGUUGCAGAAAUAUGUUGUAAUCGUAGAAUACCUCAAAGAUCGAAUCAAGAGUAUGGGUGUUUAAUGAAUACUUUUUUGUACAUAUGUGUACGCGAAUAUAUAUAUGUUUGUAGAUAGCUCAAUUGGAAGAAAUCUCAACCACACAUUACAAGCUCAAAUAUUGUUGUUAGUAGGAUAGUUUGAAUUGUUGUAAAAAUCACUAAAAUAGUCAGAAAUUGACGCACUAUACACUUUUGUAUACUGUCCUGCCUUUUGGAAGAAACAUUUUCCCUACAAUUUCUCCACUAUUUACAUGGUUCAAUUAAAUGUGCAAUAAGCGUAGUUUUAAUAUAUUUUAAUUAAUGAAGAAUGUUAACACUAGGAUAAUACUUCAAGUUGAUAAUAAAAGAAAUUGUUGAUAA